UGGUGGGUGUCAUGGCUGCCGGCGUCGAGUUGGCAGGAGUUGCCAAUGGAACUGGGGAAAGUCACUAAAGCAGAGGAAGAAGUGGCCUAACCCGGACUGUGGGAAGUCGUGAGAAUGAGCGGAGGCCCCGCGGGGGUGCCCAUGUCACUGGAAUUGGGCCCCUGGUAAAGUCCCAGGCCAGGCCUCUGCGUUUCUAGUCAGAGCCCGGCGGUUGGUGGGGGUCCCCGAAGCCGGCGUUGCCUAGGAACCCCUGUCGUAUCAAAUCCUGAGUGUUGUAAUUUGGACCGGUCCCCCGGAGACAGCGGUUCGAGGACAUUUGGCUGGGUCGUCCGACGACGCUGGAGCAGGUUGUUCUAUAACCCGCAGCGAUGUCGUCCUGGCUUGGGGGCCUCGGCUCCGGCUUGGGCCAGUCCCUGGGUCAAGUCGGGGGCAGCCUGGCUUCCCUCACUGGCCAGAUUUCAAACUUUACGAAGGAUAUGCUGAUGGAGGGCACGGAGGAAGUGGAAGCAGAAUUACCUAAUGCUAGGAGAAAGGAAGUUGAAGCCAUUCAUACAAUCUUAAGAUCAGAGAAUGAGAGACUCAAAAAACUUUGUACUGAUCUGGAAGAGAAGCAUGAAGCAUCAGAGCUUCAAAUAAAGCAGCAGUCUAUGAGUUAUCGAAAUCAACUGCAACAGAAAGAGGUAGAAAUCAGCCAUCUUAAAGCAAGACAGAUUGCGCUGCAGGAUCAGUUGCUGAAGCUGCAGUCAGCUGCUCAGUCAGUGAUUUCAGGAGCUGGUGGUGUACCAGCAACCACUGCAUCUCCUUCAUUCGGUUAUGGUUUAAGUCAUCAUGCUUCAGCUUUCCACGAUGAUGACAUGGAUUUUGGUGACAUCAUUUCAUCACAACGAGAAAUAAACAGAUUGUCAAAUGAAGUCUCAAGACUUGAGUCUGAAGUUGGCCAUUGGAGGCAUAUUGCUCAGACUUCUAAAGCACAAGGAUCAGAUAGCUCUGAUCAAAGUGAAAUCUGCAAACUACAGAAUAUCAUUAAGGAACUUAAACAAAACCGAAGUCAGGAAAUUGACAACCAUCAACAUGAAAUGUCAGUAUUGCAGAAUGCACAUCAACAGAAAUUGACAGAAAUAACUCGUCGGCAUCGAGAAGAAUUAAGUGACUAUGAAGAACGGAUUGAAGAACUGGAAGAUCUGUUACAAGAAGGUGGCUCAGGAAUUGCAGUAACUGAUCACUCUAAAAUCCAUGAGAUGCAAACAACUAUUCAAGUUCUACAAGCUGAAAAAGUAGAGUCUACAAAAAAAAUUGAAGAACUUGAGGAUAAAAUAAAAGGCAUAAAUAAAAAAUUAUCUUCUGCAGAAAAUGACAGAGGUGUUUUGAAGAAGGACCAAGAACGACUAAGUGUGGAAAACAGACAGUUACUUGAAGAAUGUGAAAGCUUGAAACUGGAAUGUAGUAAAUUGCAGCCUUACGCUGCAAAGCAAAGUGAUACUGUGACAGAAAAGGAAAGAAUUCUUCCACACAGUUCUUCAGUUGAAGAAGAAGUGUUCAGAUUGCAACAAGCACUGUCUGAUGCUGAAAAUGAAAUAAAGAGACUGAGUAAUUUAAACCAGGAUAACAAUCUUGCCGAAGACAAUCUGAAACUUAAAAUGCAUGUCCAAGUUUUAGAAAAAGAGAAUUCAUUACUGAAUCAAGAAAAGGAAGAACUGCAAAUAUCACUUUCAAAACUGAACAAUGAAUAUGAAGUAAUUAAAAGUACAGCUGCAAGGGACAUGGAUUUGGAUUCAGAAUUAUGUGAUUUAAGACGUAAUUUGGAGGCAAAGGAACAAGAACUCAAUCAGAGCAUUACUGAAAAGGAAAUACUAAUAGCUGAGUUAGAAGAAUUGGAUAAACAGAACCAAGAGGCUACAAAGCACAUGAUUUUGAUCAAAGAUCAGCUAUCAAAACAAGAAAACGAGGGAGAUAAUGUCAUCAGUAAACUAAAAAAAGAUCUAAAUGAUGAAAAAAAGAGAGUUCAUCAACUUGAAAAUGAUAAAAUGAACAUUACUAAAGAGUUAGAUGUGCAGAAAGAAAAGUUAAUUCAAAGUGAACUGGUAGUAAGUGAUUUACAUUUAACCAAGCAGAAGCUUGAGGAUAAAGUAGCAGAUUUAGUAGAUCAGCUAAAUAAAUUGCACACAAAAAAUUUAAACAUCCAGAAGGAGAACUUUGAACUUCAGGAACAUAUUAAACAAAAGGAGGAGGAGCUUUCUAGAGUCAGGGAUGAGUUAAUAACGCAGUCUCUUCUUAAUCGAGACUCUAACAGUAAUUUUAAGGAUGACUUACUUAAAGAAAGGGAAGCCGAAGUCAGGAACUUAAGGCAAAAUCUUUCAGAAAUAGAACAGCUCAAUGAAAAUUUAAAGAAAGUUGCUUUUGAUCUCAAAAUGGAAAAUGAAAAGUUGAAUUUAGCAUGUGAAAAUGUAAGACAUCAGUUGGAAGAGUCUAUUGCUGGUAACAAUCAGAUUUCUCAGGAAAAAAACGCUAUUGUGGAGGCUCUAAAAAUCGAGAAAGAACAGUUAGAUGCAGAAUUGUGUCGGGCUGAAAGGAGGCUGUUGGAAGAAGCAAACAAGUAUGAGCAAACCAUGGAAGAACUGUCCAAUGCACGUAAUUUGAGUAUCUCUGCUUUACAGCUGGACCAUGAACAUUUAAUUAAACUCAAUCAAGAGAAAGACUUUGAAAUAGCAGAACUCAAAAAGAAUAUCAAGCAGAUGGAUACUGAUCAUAAGGAAACUAAGAAAAUUUUGUCAUCUAGCUUAGAAGAGCAGAAGCAAUUGACCCAGCUUGUAAAUGAGAACGAAAUUUUUAUUGAAAAACUUAAAGAAAGAAGUUCAGAGCUUCAGGAGGAAUUAGAUAAAUAUACUCAGGCCUUAAGAAAAAAUGAAAUUUUAAGGCAAACCAUAGAGGAAAAAGACAGAAGUCUUGGAUCCAUGAAAGAAGAAAACAAUCAUCUGAAAGAAGAGUUGGAACGACUCAGGGAACAGCAGAGUCGAGCUGCACCUGUGGCUGAGCCUAAAACCCUUGAUAGUAUUACAGAGCUAGAAUCUGAGGUGAAUCAGCUGAAUAUAUUAAAGGAUAAUCUUAAAGAGGAAAUAAAACAUCAUCAAAAGAUAAUUGAAGAUCAAAACCAGAGUAAAAUACAGCUGCUUCAGUCUUUACAGGAGCAGAAGAAGGAAAUGGAUGAGUUUAGAUACCAGCAUGAGCAAAUGAACGCCACACACACCCAGCUCUUUUUAGAGAAAGAUGAGGAAAUUAAGAAUUUGCAAAAAACAAUUGAACAAAUCAAAACCCAGUUGCAUGAAGAAAGACAGGACGUUCAAACAGAGAAUUGUGUUAUUUUUCAAGAAACAAAAGUUCAGGGCCUUAAUAUAGAAAAUGGAAGUGAAAAGCAUGAUUUAUCUAAAGCUGAAACCGAAAGAUUAGUAAAAGGAAUAAAAGAACGAGAAUUGGAGAUUAAACUUCUGAAUGAAAAGAAUAUAUCUCUAACUAAACAGAUUGAUCAGCUUUCCAGAGAUGAGGUUGGUAAACUAACUCAGAUUAUCCAGCAGAAAGAUUUGGAGAUACAAGCUCUUCAUGCUCGAAUUUCUACAGCUUCCUACCCCCAGGAUGUUGUUUACCUUCAACAGCAGCUGCAGGCCUAUGCUAUGGAACGAGAACAGGUACUAGCUGUUUUGAGUGAGAAGACUAGGGAAAAUAGCCAUCUAAAAACAGAAUAUCACAAGAUGAUGGAUAUAGUUGCUGCAAAAGAAGCAGCUCUCAAUAAGCUGCAAGAUGAAAAUAAAAAAUUGUCCACAAGGUUUGAAAGUAGUGGCCAAGAUAUGUUUAGAGAAACUAUUCAGAAUUUAUCACGUAUCAUUCGAGAAAAAGACAUUGAAAUAGAUGCAUUAAGUCAGAAAUGUCAGACCUUAUUGACAGUUUUACAAACAUCCAACACUGAAAAUGAGGUUGGAGGUGUUAAUAGUAAUCAGUUCGAGGAGCUUCUACAGGAACGCGAUAAGUUAAAACAACAAGUAAAGAAAAUGGAAGAGUGGAAACAGCAGGUAAUGACUACAGUACAAAAUAUGCAACACGAGUCAGCCCAGCUGCAGGAGGAGCUUCAUCAGCUUCAGGCACAAGUUCUGGUUGACAGUGAUAACAACUCUAAAUUGCAAGUGAACUAUACUGGCCUGAUCCAAAGUUAUGAGCAGAAUGAAACCAAACUCAAAAAUUUUGGGCAGGAAUUAGCACAAGUUCAGCACAGCAUAGGGCAGCUUUGCAAUACCAAAGAUCUUCUUUUAGGAAAACUUGAUAUUAUUUCACCUCAGCUCUCUUCUGGAUCGUCGGUUACUUCCCAGUCAGCAGAGUCUCUUAGAACAAUUAAGUCUGAUGUAUUGAGUGAGUCUUCUAAACAAGAAAUAGAAGAGCUAAGAAAAUCACUGCAGGAAAAAGAUGCAACAAUUAGAACUCUCCAGGAAAAUAAUCACAGAUUGUCUGAUUCGAUUGCUGCUUCCUCGGAGCUAGAAAGAAAAGAACACGAACAAACUGAUUCAGAAAUUAAGCAGCUCAAGGAGAAACAAGAUAUCUUACAAAUGUCACUUAAGGAAAAAGACCUCUUAAUCAAAGCCAAAAGUGAUCAGUUACUUUCUUUGAAUGAAAAUUUCACUAACAAGGUGAAUGAAAAUGAACUUUUGAGGCAGGCAGUAACAAACCUGAAGGAGAGAACAUUAAUCUUAGAAAUGGACAUUUGUAAACUAAAAGGGGAAAAUGAAAGAAUAAUAGAAACAUCCAGGGAAAAGGAAACAGAAUAUCAAGCAUUACAGGAGACUAAUAUGAAGUUUUCUAUGAUGCUUCGAGAAAAAGAGUUUGAAUGCCAUUCAUUGAAGGAGAAGGCUCUGGCUUUCGAGCAUCUACUGAAAGAAAAAGAGCAGGGCAAGACUGGGGAGUUAAAUCAACUUUUAAACGCAGUUAAGUCAAUGCAGGAGAAGACAGUUAUCUUUCAGCAGGAGAGAGAUCAAGUCAUGUUGGCCCUGAAACAGAAACAAAUGGAAAACACGGCUGUACAGAAUGAGGUUCAACAUUUACGUGACAAAGAAUUACGCUUAAACCAGGAGCUAGAGAGAUUGCGUAACCAUCUUUUAGAAUCAGAAGAUUCUUACACCCGUGAAGUUUUGGCUGCAGAAGAUAGAGAGGCUAAGCUAAGAAAGAAAGUAACAGUAUUGGAGGAGAAGCUAGUUUCAUCCUCUAAUGCAAUGGAAAAUGCAAGCCAUCAGGCCAGUUUACAGGUAGAGUCAUUGCAGGAACAGUUGAAUGUGGCAUCCAAGCAAAGGGAUGAAACUGCACUACAGCUUUCCAUGUCUCAGGAACAAGUAAAGCAGUAUGCUCUGUCACUCUCCAACCUGCAGAUGGUCCUGGAGCAUUUCCAGCAAGAGGAAAAAGCUAUGUAUUCUGCUGAACUAGAAAAGCACAAGCAACUUGUUGCUGAAUGGAAGAAAAAGGCAGAAAAUCUGGAAGGAAAACUCGUAUCAUUACAGGAGCGUUUGGAUGAAGCAAAUGCUGCGUUGGAUUCAGCAUCAAGACUUACAGAACAGUUAGAUUUAAAGGAAGAACAAAUUGAAGAACUUAAAAAACAAAAUGAUCUCCGACAAGAAAUGCUGGAUGAUGUACAAAAGAAAUUGAUGAAUUUAGUAAAUAGCACAGAAGGAAAAGUGGACAAAGUCCUGAUGAGAAACCUCUUUACUGGACACUUCCACACACCAAAAAAUCAGCGUCAUGAAGUGUUACGAUUAAUGGGAAGCAUCCUAGGUAUCAAAAAGGAGGAAAUGGAGCAGUUGUUGAAUGAAGAUCAGGGUGGUGUUACCAAGUGGAUGACUGGGUGGCUUGGAGGAGGAUCAAAAAGUGUUCCCAACACACCUUUGAGACCAAAUCAGCAAUCUCUGCUUAAUAGUUCUUUUUCAGAACUUUUUGUUAAAUUUCUAGAAACAGAAUCUCAUCCAUCUAUUCCACCACCCAAGCUUUCUGUUCAUGAUAUGAAACCUCUAGAUUCACCAGGAAGGAGAAAACUAGAUACAAGUGUACCCGGAAGUUUUAAAGAUACAACCGAAUCCAGGUCUGGUAGAAGAACAGAUGUGAAUCCGUUCCUGGCUCCCCGCUCUGCGGCUGUGCCUCUCAUUAACCCAGCUGGACUUGGACCUGGAGGGCCUGGGCAUCUCCUUUUGAAACCCAUCUCAGACGUACUGCCCACAUUUACGCCUUUGCCAGUGUUACCUGACAGUAGCGCCGGAGUUGUGUUGAAAGACCUUUUAAAGCAGUAGGUGAUUCUUAAGCCAGAGAUGACAUAUAUAGCACUUUAAAAAAAACCCGUGAACACUAUGUGUAUGUACUUUAUCACAAAGUGGCCUUUUGGAAAAAGUCAUGUAUUUGUUCGCAGUUGUACUUUAUCUAAAUUUAAUAGAGGUAUUCUUAAUGCUUUUAGAAAUUGCAGGUGUUAAAGGAGGAAGUGUUUGCUAUA